AUGUUCCCACCAUGGGCGUCUCACGGCAUGAACUCUACGCCUUGCAGUGUGCAGAUGGGCAGGCCGCGAUGUCUCCUCGCCGGGGACAGGACAGCAAGGCUCUGGGAAGGUUGCUCCAGGACUUCCAAGAGGAAGGCGAAGUCACGAUGGAUCAACGACAUCAUUGGAACCAGUCAAGUGGCUGCGAUUCUCUAUGCUUUGACAUCGUUGAAGGUUAUGAACUCGUUACCGUUACCAGGUCAACAGCCCAAGGAGGCCAAAGAUUUGGUCAACUGGCGGAUUCGACCAGGAAAAUCGAGUGAAGACAAGCUUGAACGAUUGCUGAGGAGCUUAGCAAGGGCCAACAUCAUAGAGGAGCACUUGCUAGAAUCUGCAGGCGUGGCCUUUCGUCACAGCAGUAAGUCCGCAGAAUUGCGGGAUGGGGCCCAGUGGAACACCCGAGAAUUGGUUUUAACUCAUUUGUCUCCGUCGUAUCAACGCGCUUGGCUUCGACUCUUUGACAGCUUAGCAGUGGAUCCCUACAACGACCAGCGCAAAGAAGGUGAGGACGAGCCCUUCCGUCUCGAACACGGCAAAGGAGUUUUCGAUUUCUACCAAGAUCCACAAAAUCAAGAAGCGGCGCAAUCCUUUGAUGAUUUGAUGUCUGGUUUCAGCGAUUCUGAUCAGGUUUACGAUGGACAAAGUGGAACUGAGUUGGUUGCCAGCCUGCCUCUCUGGGAAGAUCUUUGUAAGUCCAAACAGCCAGCACAGGUGGUAGACCUGGGCGGUGGACAAGGAGUGCUGUUGUCAGCUCUCUGCGAGCGCUAUGGCUUCAAAGGCACCGUGGUCGACCGUGAAGAUGGAGAUUUCUUUACGGCGGGUAUUGCGGAGAACUUCCCCGAUGCCCAGGUUUACAUCCUGAAGUGGGUGCUUCACGACUGGUCCGAUGAGAGGUGCAAGAUAAUUCUCCGGAACUUGCAUGAAGCUGUUGCAGUGCCGUCUUUAGAUGAAGCGAUUUCUUCACAAUGGCCACGUCUUCUGGUACUGGAACAGGUGUUGCCGGAAGAUUCCGACACCUCGGCUAUGGCCCAGUUGGCCAGGACGGAGCUGGAUGAUGCCGGACUGUGGGUCAUCUAUGGGGGUCGUGAGCGCCGUGUCUCUGAGACUCAACACAUUUGA